UGGAGUAAUAUACAAAGCAGACCAGAGAAGAGGCCAAGAAAAAACCCUCAUAAAGCAAAAAACGUAGUAAAAUUGAAUGAUAAUGAAAAGCAAAGAGAAUAAGUGAAAAAAAUCGAAAUUUUAGUCGUGUAACGAUUCGUAAACCUGAUAGAUACCAAAGAUUUAACACUCAGUGAAAAAAUUGUAAAAAAAUCCAAAUUUAUGUAAAAAAAGCAGUGUUAAUUUAAACAAUUUAUUAAUUAAACAUCUUUUAAUUGUAGUAACAAUUAGCUAAAGUGAAAAGAAAUAAAAAUUUAUAAAAAAGUGUAGAAAAAAACAUAAAAUAAAAAACCUACGAAUUACCAAGUGAAGUUAGAACAAAAAUUUCUGACACCUUUUUAAGGUGUUGGAAAUUUUCUUGUUGCCUUCUUUUUACAAAAAAAGAAAAAAAAAUAAUAAAAGAAAACCUAGUCUUUUCAUUACUUCGAUAAUUACAUCCUCAACAUGGAGAAUUUAAUUCCUAUUGUUAAUAAGCUGCAGGAUGCCUUCACCCAACUGGGCGUGCAUAUGCAGUUAGAUUUGCCCCAGAUAGCGGUGGUAGGUGGUCAAUCGGCCGGUAAAAGUUCUGUCUUGGAAAACUUUGUGGGCAAAGAUUUCUUGCCUCGAGGUUCAGGUAUUGUUACCAGACGUCCCUUGAUCUUGCAACUGAUCAAUGGUGUUACUGAAUAUGGUGAAUUCUUACAUUGUAAGGGUAAAAAAUUUACCAGUUUUGAUGAGAUACGCAAAGAGAUUGAAGAUGAAACAGAUCGUGUUACCGGUAGCAAUAAGGGCAUAUCAAACAUUCCAAUCAAUUUGCGUGUCUAUUCGCCACAUGUACUCAACUUGACUUUAAUUGAUUUGCCCGGUUUGACAAAGGUGGCGAUUGGUGAUCAGCCACAGGAUAUUGAACAACAGAUUCGUCAAAUGAUCUUACAGUUUAUACGUAAAGAGACAUGUCUUAUAUUGGCCGUAACACCAGCCAAUACAGAUUUGGCUAAUUCUGAUGCUUUAAAAUUGGCCAAAGAUGUUGAUCCGCAGGGUAUACGUACAAUUGGUGUCAUUACUAAAUUAGAUUUGAUGGACGAGGGUACAGAUGCUCGAGAUAUUUUGGAAAAUAAAUUGUUACCCCUACGACGUGGUUAUAUUGGUGUAGUGAAUCGUUCUCAAAAGGAUAUUGAGGGUCGUAAGGAUAUUCAUGCUGCCUUGGCGGCCGAAAGAAGAUUUUUCCUAAGUCAUCCAUCUUAUCGUCAUAUUGCCGAUCGUUUGGGAACACCUUAUUUGCAGCGUGUUUUAAAUCAACAAUUGACAAAUCACAUACGUGAUACAUUGCCCGCUUUGAGAGAUAAAUUGCAAAAACAAAUGUUGGCUUUGGAAAAGGAUGUGGCUGAAUUUAAACAUUUCCAACCUGGCGAUACUAGUUUGAAAACAAAGGCUAUGUUGCAAAUGAUCCAACAGUUGCAGUCUGAUUUUGAACGCACUAUUGAGGGUUCUGGUUCGGCCUUGGUUAAUACCAAUGAAUUGUCGGGUGGUGCUAAAAUAAAUCGUAUUUUCCAUGAACGGUAAGUUGUAACGAAAGAAUAUUUAUA